CUGAAUCAGUGUUGCCAAAAAAAAUUUUUUAUCAUGAUUAAAGUACGAUGAAAUUUGUAAACGUUUAGCCGUUUUUGUACUGUAGUAUAAAUUUAUCUUAUAUUUUUCAAGAUGAAGACCAAAUAUGUUUGUACAUUUUUAUCUAAAAGAAUGAUGUCAUCAGUUUCACCAAGUGCUACACAGGUUCAACAACCUUUGAACUAUGUUAGAGGUCAUAGAGUGGAUCCUUCAAAUACAGACAAAAAUCAAAGAUUCAGUUUAAUUUCACCUGCUACAGGUGAAGUAAUUCGAGAAAUUCAGUCUUCAGGAGGUAAUGAUAUAGACCAAGCUGUAGAUGUAUCUAGAAAAGCUUUCAAAUCAUGGUCGCAGAUAUCUGCGUUUGAAAGAGGGAAAGUUUUACGGAAAGCUGCUGAAAUAAUCAGGGGUAGAAGUGAAGAAUUAGCUCGUACAGAAGUAUUAGAUACAGGUAAACCAAUAUGGGAAGCUAGAUAUGAUAUACAAGGCUGUGCUGAUACAAUAGAAUAUUACGGUGGAUUAGCUGUCAAUCACAAUGGUGAUUUUAUGAAAUUAGAUAGUGGAUGUUUUGCAUAUACAGUACGAGAACCUAUCGGUGUAGUUGGUGGUAUUGGUGCUUGGAACUAUCCAUUCCAGAUGGCAUCCUGGAAGUCUUCACCAGCACUAGCAUGUGGUAAUACAAUGGUAUUUAAACCAUCACCACUAACACCAUUAACAGCUGUUAUGUUAGCAGAGAUUUAUAAAGAAGCUGGUUUACCAGAUGGUUGUUUUAAUGUUAUUCAGGGAGAAACUAUAACAGGUCAAGUGUUGUCAUCACAUUCUGGUAUUGAUAAAAUGACAUUUACUGGUAGCGUACCAACUGGUAGUAAAAUCAUGGAAGCUUGUGCUAAAGAUAUAAAACAUGUAACAUUAGAAUUAGGAGGUAAAUCACCAUUAAUAAUAUUUUCUGACUGUCAGAUAGAUAAUGCUGUUAAAGGUGCCAUGUUGGCUAACUUUAGUAACCAAGGACAGGUAUGUUCUAAUGGUACUAGAGUAUUUGUAGAGAGGAAGAUAGUUGAUGUGUUUCUAGAGAAACUUAAAGCUAGAACAAAAGCAAUGGUUAUAGGUAAUCCUAAUGAUGAGAAUACAACGGUUGGUGCCAGUAUUAAUCAACAACAAGCUGAAAAAGUUUUAAGCUAUAUUAAAGGUGCUAAACAAGAGGGAGCUAACAUUGUUUAUGGAGGCGAGAGAAUCAUUCCUCAAGAUGCUAGUCUAAAAAAUGGUUAUUAUUUAUCUCCAUGUAUACUAAGUGAUUGCCGUGAUGACAUGACUGUUGUUAAGGAAGAAGUUUUUGGGGCUGUCAUGUCUGUGUUGACCUUUGACACAGAAGAAGAAGCUGUAAAGAGAGCCAAUAAUUCUGAGUUUGGAUUAGCUGGUGGAGUAUUUACCAGAGAUCUGACACGGGCACAUAGAGUAGCUAGUAAUAUGGAAGUAGGAUCAUUAUAUAUCAAUAAUUAUAAUGUUUAUCCUGUUGGUGUACCGUUUGGUGGAUAUAAAAAAUCUGGUCUGGGACGUGAAAACGGAGCAGAUACGUUAGACUAUUAUUCUCAGAUUAAAUCUGUGUAUGUUGAAAUGAACGAUGUGGACUGUCCGUAUUGAUAGGUAAUGAUGGGUCAAAAGAUUAACAUUAUUAUACACAGGGUUUGUGAAUGAAUGAUGUGGAAUGUCCAUAUUGAUGGGUUGAAAAGAUUAAAUAUAAACAUUAUUAUUCACAGGGUUUGUCAAUGAACAAUGUGGAUUGUCUGUAUUAAUUGGAUAUGGGUGUCUCAAAAGAGAUUAAAUAUAAAAAUUAUUAUACACAGGAUUUGUAAAUGAUGUGCAAUUUGUCAUUCCUUAACUCGCUAUGUAAAUUUUUCUGACCAAUUCAGUGGUCAGUGGUAACUCACAUUUCUAGAUACUGUUUACCCAGUUAGGGGUGACAUAAAUGAGUCAUUAAACUCCAUUCUCAGUUAUACUCACCAGUUAGUUGUGACAAGUUAUUAAAAUUUAUUUCUUCCUUAUAGUCACAAUAAGUCUGAUAAACAUAUCAAAUUAUAUUUUAAGCAUGUUUUUUUUAUAAAGGAUCUACACUUCUAUAUAUAAUGCUAUACGUAUAUGUCUCGUUUUUAUACAGGAUCUACACUACUAUAAUGCUAUACGUAUAUGUCUCGUUUUUAUAAAGGAUCUACACUACUAUAGUGCUAUACUUAUAUGUCUCGUUUUUAAGAUUUGUGAAAUCCAAAUAUGUAAAUAAAAUGUUGACAUUCUU